UGGCACACACUUCAAUGACAUUAUUCCAUCAACACCGCAAUCUUCCCUUUCUUCCUAUACGGAUGUACACUAGGACGAGUUACUUACUAUACAAUUCGCACAUACACUUUUAGAGUACAAUCAAGAAUAUGGAGAAAUCAUCACAGGAAAAUCUGAUACUGGUGAAUCGGGAAUCCGACGGGGUUGCUUGGGUCACAAUAAACCGACCCAAGUCCCUAAAUUCCCUGACUAAGUCAAUGAUGGUUGAUCUUGCUCGAAUUUUCAAGUCCUUGGACGCGGAUGAUUCUGUUCGGGUCAUUAUACUCACCGGAUCGGGUCGAUCGUUCUGCUCGGGCGUUGACCUGACGGCUGCGGAGGACGUGUUUAAGGGUGACGUGAAGGAUGUGGAGACUGAUCCGGUGGCCCAAAUGGAACGCUGUAGGAAGCCCAUCAUUGGGGCUAUUGCGGGAUUUGCCGUGACUGCUGGUUUUGAGAUUUCUCUUGCUUGUGAUUUGUUGGUUGCCUCUAAUGAUGCUAAAUUCUUGGACACUCAUGCUAGGUUUGGGAUAUUUCCUUCUUGGGGGCUAUCUCAGAAACUCUCUCGUGUUAUUGGACCCAGCCGAGCUCGUGAAGCAUCUUUAACUGCAAUGCCUAUCAGCGCAGAACAAGCUGAGAGAUGGGGUUUGGUAAAUUAUGUUGUAGACAGAAGUGAACUUUUGAAGAAAGCUAGGCAAAUAGCAGAAGCCAUCAUCAAGAACAACCACGACCUGGUUUUGAAGUAUAAGGCAGUAAUCAAUGAUGGGUUCAAACAAGACUUGACCCGAGCCCUUGCUCUUGAGAAGGAGAGGGCACACGAGUAUUACGAUGGGAUGUCCAAGGAUCACUUUAAGAAACUGCAAGAGUUCAUUGCUGGUCGGAGUUCAAGCAAACCUUCCUCAAAAUUAUAGAUUUCUCAUGUUAUUCUGCUUUUGAAAUAAACUAGUCUAGGCGCACGUUUUAUUGAGAAAUUUCAAAUAAAAAGGUAAAUAUUACUUUGUUUGUCUCAUUUUGCAUGGCAAUGUAUUGAUCAACUCUAAGAAAGAUGUUAUUCUAAUUUCAGUAGAGCGACGAUCUUGUCUUGUUAACAAGGGACAACCAUGGUCAACCAUUUUACACUC